AUGGCACUGCCGACAGUUGGCGAGCGGCUGAAGGUGCUGCCGUCAGUGACUGCAGCUGCCCUUGAAAAUGCCGUCGAAAAAGGGUUGCGGCAGAUGGGCCACAACACACUCGGCAUGCUGUGCAGAGGACUGGAGGAAUGCUCAUGGAAGACGGCCCUGGGCAAACACAUCCAGGAGGUCGUGUUCCUCGCUCCGAUCUUGAACCGUAUCUUCGAGAUCUGCACCAAUGGCUUGAUACCCCAUGCCUUGCUCCAGACUGCUUUGCUCGGCCUGUUCAAGAGGGACAUCCUGGUACUACAGGCUCCACAGCAGAAGUUGCCAGGCUGGGAAGACUCGUCGCUGCAGUACUUCAACCUGAGAUUCAGAAUGCUGGCCGGCAAGAUUCGGGAUGUUGCCACCGGCAAGGAAAAGAUGCCCAAGAAACUCGACAAGCAGGCACUUCAACAGGUGCAGGCCCUCUGCUUGCAGAUCAACCCGAAGUUCAAAAUGGAGGACAUGGUGCAGCCAUCGGAGACAGUGCCGCUGAAAGGUGUACUUGCACUCCAGGACGGGCCAGCGAAGGAUGCCGAGACGGAGCCUGCAGCAGCAGUCGUACCUGCACCUGUCACUCCUCCGGUGUCCCAUACCCCCGCUUCUGGCAGCAUGGGCUGCAUGCCAAGGGCAUCUGGAAGCAUGGACUUCAUGCAAAGGGCGACACAGCAAGCUUUGCAGAAUGCCUGGGCAGCCUCUCCGGCCAAGCCCCUCACCAAGAAGCAGAAGGAGGCGGCUGUCCAGAAACGGCCUGCGAGCAAAGCUCCAGAAGCCUCGCCGAAGAAGCGGCCUGCUGCCAAAGAUCCAGAAGCCGGCACAGCUGCCAAGAAGCAGAAGGAGUCUGUUAACCCUGCCCCUGUGCACGGCCGCGACGAGGAGGAGCUCUACCAGGAGGCGAUCAGCACUAUUAUCUCUCAGGCCGUGUUUAAAGACACGGAAAGUAGGAACCACUACACAUCUAGAUUUUACGGCAAGGCGAAGAGGCUUGCUCUUGGCCACGGCUUGAGCAAAGAGAAGGCCGUAGAGUGGGCUCGCAAAGCCCACUCGAAAGGCAGCGAGCUCUGGGAUGAAAAGUUUCACUGCGAGUGA